CGGGCUUGUAAUCCCUAAGUUAAGUAACAAUAAUUGAAGCAUUACAAUUAUUGCACAUCACCUUGUUCGAAUUUCAUCGCCGAUCGCUGUCGCUCUACGCUAAGGCCGACUGCAGAUGGAGAGCAACCAAGGGCAGGUGAUCAGCGGCGAAGCAGUGCCCUCCGGCGACGAUUGGAGGAGUCAGCUGCAUCAGGACUCCAGGCAGAGGAUUGUAAACAAAAUAUUGAAGACAUUGACGAUGCAUCUUCCUUUUUCUGGAGAAGAGGGACCGCAGGAACUCAAGAAAAUAGCCGUCAGAUUUGAGGAAAAAAUAUACACUGCGGCAACUAGCCAGUCAGAUUAUUUAAGAAAAAUAUCUCUCAAAAUGUUGACAAUGGAGUCGAAAUCCCAGAAUCCUAUGGCGAAUUCUGUUAAUAGAGAAAAUCCCCAAGAUCCAAUUCUUGCAGCAGUGGGCCAAUAUCUUCUCACAGAUGAUCCGGAGAUAUUGGAUUUGUCGAGCGCCCUCUUAAACAUGCCCCCACUUGGUUCCCCGUCAAUGGAUGAAUGAAGGAGAAAGAGAAGAGAACCACUGCAUUCCUUUGUCAUGUUGUCACUUUGCUUUCUUAGUUAUGUUUCUGUGACUCUAUUGCAUGUUUUAACCUUUGGAGAAACCCUAAAAAGGAACUUAUUAGAUAUCGGAGUCAAUGGUAUCUACUAAGUUUUUUUCCCACCCUUUUCUCUUUUUAAUCUCUCUUUUUAUAGGAUUCUAAUGCAUGCUACAAUAAAUUGGAAUCAGGCACCAACUUGUGUGGUGCCAUUAUCUACACUUUCCUUUGUUUUAAUGAGUUGAGUAAAUUUACUAUUUUAUUCUAUA